AACAUUUCCGCUUCCUCCACAGUUAAAUUUGUAAACAAACAUGGUAGGCAUGCGUUGAAAAAGUGAGCUUGAUGUGCAGCAAUGAAAGUGAAACGAAAGCCCAGUCCCAGCUUUUCUUGUGGAGGAUGUAAGCGUUCUAUCAAGACAGCUCACAACUUUGAACUGCAUCGAAGAUCUUGCAAGAAAGCCAAGCGGAAAGAGCUGGAAGACAUGCUGCUUGAUCAAGCGAGGACGAUUCUAAAAGACCACGCAACUCAUCGGAGGGUUGACAGUGAAGUUUCCAGCUGUAGAAAAGGAUACGUAUGCGAAUUCUGUGACAAGACCUUUGAGCUGUUCAGCAACUUGAAUCAGCACCGGAGGUUGCAUUCCUGGCAACGACCGUACUCCUGUCAACAUUGCGGAAUCAGGUUUUCAAAAGAGAAAGCACUGCAAGAGCACGUGGAAAUCCACGACACGUGCGACAUUCCGCGGACCUGCGUCAUAUGCGGGGAACACAUCGUCAGCGUGCGUGGCUUCGUGUGGCACCUGAAAGCUGUUCACAAGAACCUCAUGCACAAUUUGGAACUCGAAGGAUGGGAUCACGACAUACUUGCACCUUCAGUUUAGACGUGCGUAAUGUUUUAGCAGUGUACAGUGCACGUUGGUCACAUCAUGUUCACGUUGAGACACAAAAGUCGACUCGUUAGGACAGACGUGUUGCUAUCAUUUCGAUUUUUGUGUUUUUUUAAAAAUGUGGUUCGUACGACCAUGACAAGUAAAUUUUCUUAUAUAGUUUGGAUUCUCAACGCAACGUAACGACGAUCGAAAUUCAUGUACAAGGGGCGUGUAUAGAGUUGAAGGAAUGGAGGUUCAGCAAUGACGGUCGGAGGGAAGAUCUCACAUAUUCCCCACCCUACUUCUGAGCCCAAUUAAUGAGCUGGCCAUUGUUGCGGAACUCUUCAUUCAGUGUGUUUAGGAAUUGCUUCUCCUCCACAAUCAUGUCAUCAUCAUCAUCAUCCUGAAAACACUUUCCACACCUACGUAGAAAGAGGAACCAGUCGCUAGGAGCAAUGCUGGCCAUGGUACGAGGCAAAAUUUUGUAACUCGAGGAGGUCUCACCAUUUCCUGUGGAGCAGACGGCCGCCCCUUUGUGAGCUUUCCGCUGCGCUUUGCCUGAAAGGAGCGUGGAACGACAACAAAAAAAAAAGAAAAACAAGAAAAGUAAAGAAGGAGAUAUUGGGAAAACUAGAAACCCCGGGAUAUAUGUUCGUGCAAAAAGUAUGACACCAAUCCUGGUGUGCAAGAGGGUAAAAAAUGUACCUUCCCUCAAAUCAGUCACCCAAUACGUAGUGAGGCCUUCUCCUUUUCUUCCUUUAUUAUUACAUUCGCAUUUCGCGGUGCCCCUCUCGAUUGGUAGCUUUAGCAGACGACUCUCGACAGCCAAUAAAAAUUGCUGAUGGACUCCAUGUCACAACAUGCCAGGAUUGCACGCCUCGCAUUAUUCUAAACUGAUUUUCUCGGAAAAAAAUGGCACUUCCCAAAGAAAAUAUUUUGCGUGAUGUUUCUUGAAGGUAGCAUGCUUCAUAUUAAUGUCCCUCAUAAUCUAAUGUCCCUCAAGGGACGUUUGGAGGUAUAUUGAAAUAAAUAAAUUAAUAUUACACGGUAAAGGAAUAUGUAAGAAUAUGAAUCAGUAGCUCAGCAUAAUAUUUUCCUGUAACAGUAACAAUCUGCGAGGAGCACACUAUGGCAGACCUCCCCCGACAACGCCACCGUGUCGGCCAUUUUUGGUGGCGGUGAGUUUGUACGCUGCCACGGUUCGCUUUGUACAUUUGUCUCUGGAUCAUAGCGGCAACCCCAGCAUUCAUCCUUAGUGAUUAGACAAUAAAACAAAUCCUCAGGAUCGCUCUCGUACAGCUGCAACAUUUCUACGGCUGCUUCCUAGCAACCUUCGUGAUGCGCGGGUCAUCGUGAAGAAUGUUGUGAACCAUGUUCAUAAUUUAAAGGGACAAUGAAGGGGUGUUUUAAAAAAAAAAAUCUGGGUACUUUGUGAAGAAUGGGCCCUCAAGGAGGACUUUUAUCCAAAAACGUAUCCGAUUUUUGCCAUAUUGCAUUCGACGCAAGCGUAGUUCCCACACAAAAAAGCGUCGGUUAAUAACUAAGGGUUUCACGACCACCAAAGGACAUAGGCCCGCGUGAGAGGCCCGUUUCUGAGAUGUCAGGAUUGCAGCAUUAAAAAAAAAAAAGGACUUUCAUAGUUUGCCUACAAAGAAAUGGAAAGAAUGAAAAUUUUAUACAAAUUGUUAGCGUAAAGUUUUCCAAGCCAGCUGGCCAAUGGUCGUCGAAAAAUGGAGUCCACUUGCAAAUAAAGUGGUACACUGCUUGUUGCAUUGUGCUUAGAAGUGCGAUGGAUUAGGCAGUAGUUGAAACAACAACACAACGAUUUUAUUGAGUGCAACUUUUUAAGUAAAUUCGGGUGUCGGCAAGCUUUGCAUUCGACCACAAGGUUUAUGACAAGAUCACAAUAUGAAAUAUAUAUGUUAACAAAAAUA